AUGUGUAACACUGUAAAAGAUUACAAUCGUAAAAUGGAAUCGGAUAUGGAAUUAGAUUAUUUAACAGAAGAUUUAGAUGAAUCGAAAAUAAAAAAUUUACUUAAAUCCAUAUCUGAUUCAUCUUGGUUAUUUGAUUUAAAGGAAGAAAAAAUCGACGAUAUUUUUGAAAAUGCUGUCAUAGUUCAAAAAAUGUUUUGCAAUAAAAAACGUACUGUUUUGUCAAGAGAAUUAAAUGCUUCGUAUCCAGAAAUUAACUUUAAAAAACUUUUAGAUGAUUUAAUUAAAAAAAUUUUAGUCAAUUCCAUCUUUGAUGAAAAUUUAACUUUGUAUGCAGUGAAUAAAUAUACGGAUUUGUCACCUGAAAAUUCAUUAAAAAAUGUUUUAGAUGAUAUAUCAAUGGAAUUAAAAUUAAGGGAAAAUUUAAUGAAUUUAUUUGAAAAUAUAUCGAAUGAAGAUGAAACUAGUAUUAAUUAUAAAAAUGUCAAUUCUCUUUUAUCUAAAUUAUUUUCUUGUAAUGAUAAAAUGUUAAGUAUUGAAUUGUUGAAUGCAUUGAAAACUCAAACAUUAGAUUUAUUAAAUGGUAUAUUAUAUUGUAUCGAACCUGAAAAUGUCAUGUUGAUCGAAAGGGUUAUCAGUAUAUUAAAAAAACAAAACGAUUUAAAGUUAUGGUUUUUACUAUUAAAAAGAAAUUCAUUAAAAAUAGUUUUAAAAUUGUGUUGCAAGCAUGAAAACUUUUUAAAUUCUGUUUUUAAUUUUUUCAAUGAAUUUGCCUGCGAAGUAGAAACAAACUAUGAUGAAGAUUUAAAUACAAAAUAUUCUCACAUAAAUCUUGAUUUUGAUGAUUUUGUCGAAGUUAUUCAAGAAUUUUUAAAAGAAAAAAAGAUAGAAAAACAUGUGAGGGAAUUUAUAGAAAAUAAAAUUUUAGAUGAUAAUAAUAAAAAUUUUUUGUUUUGGAUUGAUGUAAAAGCAUGCAUUAGUGCUAAUGAAGAAUAA